AUGGAUAUUACUCUUAGUCGUUUUUUGGACGGUCUUAAGUCGACUUCCGAUGAAAUUCGACUUUCAACGGUUGCUGAGAUUCGUCGUUUUGUGGCCUCUGAGCUGAAGGAGGCUGCUGCCAGCAAUUAUGCUGAGUUUAUCGAGGAUUUAUGCGUUGAAUUUGAAGGAAUGCUGUCUGGAAGUGACCCGAACGAGAAGAAAGGUGCCAUUCUCGCUAUAGGAUGCCUAGCAGAAAUCGACUUCUCAGCAAUCGCACCAUAUUGCUCACAAUUCGUCAAUUUGUUAAACCUCUUGUCUACAUCAUCCAACCUUCCUCUUCUUGUUCUUGCUGCUCGCUUACUGGGUGAAUUCGGUCUUUUGCUGCCCAACGAUUUUGCUGAUGGACAGAUAAAACGGGCAUGUGAAUAUUUGAAGCGAGGAAGUCUUUCUGCCUCCCAGAAGCAAUUCUACGUGAGUUUCGCUACUCUGCGCUUGCAUUCUCGAGUUCUCACGCUUCGUGAAGCUGCACUGCACACGCCUACCAGCUAUUAUCAUCACCUUAACAAGUGUCUCCCCGUACUUCUUCAAUAUUUCCGCGACAAAGAAAUUGUACUUCGCGAUUUGGUGGCUAUGGCUCUGCGAAACACCCUUGCUAUUGCCGCUGAAAAUGAAAUCGGUCGCCAUGGUCAACAAAUGAGCCUUGAUGCUGAUGUAAACAUAGAUGGAUUCGGUGAUAGUCCCUCGUACACCUCGGCUAAUCGAACACUAACUUCCAGUUCUAGUAGACAGUUUUUAAGAGGUGUUAGUAAUACGCCUAUUCGGAAAUUCAGCAGUAGCCAACAACCGGCAGUUCCUCAAGCUACUUCCUACUACUGUCCUGUCAACGAGCCCCCGAUGAUCUGGUAUCAUCAGUGUGUUGGACAAGUACUACUUACUCAUACUAAGGCUGCUGCUAUCAAGUCUUCCGACCAUCUUGCGUCGGUUUCAUUGCCGCAAGCAUACAGGAAAAUGACCAGAGACGAAUGGACUCAUGGAAGUCUUCUCAUCCUCAAUGAACUCCUCGUUUACGCAAAUCCAGAGUUUGAGAAGCUUAGAAACUCACUGGAUGGCAUGGUUGGGCAGCCCAUUUUUCACGUUCUGGUAGUCAACCAGACAGAGGGAGAGUUGGCGGUGCGAUCGGUGAAUCAGACUCCAUGGCCGGUUGUCAUCUCACCCAGCCAGAAGACAGAGUUGAGUCUGGUCCCUGGAGCCCACCUCUCUGCCCUUACUUCCUCCGUGCAGGUCUACGGUGAUGAAGGUGUCGCAAGUGAACUUCUGCGUCAGCAGCAAUUUCGUCAGCAGAGAGCUGUACCCCUCGUCUCCGAAUCCUGCCAGCGCAUGCUUGGUGCCAACCUAGAUAAGAUUUGGGAAUUGGUUCUUGGAUGCUUGAAUAUGAAGUACACUGGUGUGCUGCAUCUAGUCUUGAAGGUGAUUCCUCGGCUCGUUGCUUUUGAAAAAAGGACAUUUUUAAAUCGGGACAUUCUACGGACAGUGAUAAAUUUCCUCUUCGAUUGUGUAAGUCGGGAUCGGGAAAAGGGAUAUGCAUUGGUUACCCUCGGUCUUAUGGUGCAUACUGUUGGGGAACAAUUUGAGAAACACGGUUAUCUGGCUCAGCUAAUUUCUGUAUUACUAAACCAAUUGAAUUCAACGAAAGACGUUUCCACCUCGAAAAAGCGACUCGGUGGUCUGUCGAUUGCGGUCCUACUGACGAUCGGGCUUAUUGCCAAGGCCCUAGGAUCUCGUGCUUGUUCCUCGCUCAAACCCCUUCUAGAUCCAAUGAUUGCACGUGGACUUUCUCAGCCGAUGACUAUGACAUGCGCACUUGUUGCUGAACACAUUCCUGAACUAAAACGUGACGUACAGGAUAGUCUGCUAAAGAGGAUCAACGUUAUUUUGGCCAAUAGUAACGGCAUCAGUGGUGCUUCAUCAAUUGCGUUGGGAAAUGGAACAGCACCUUACGUUCUUGGCCCUGUACCACCAGGCACUAGUACUACUGGUGGACAUUUAGCUGUUGCAGCCCCACGUGCGACCCCAACCCGUGGGCGCACCUCCCUGCCUCAUACCAGCUCAGUCAGAGUAAGAACAAGCUCUAUUCCACUACCUGGUUUCCCUUGGAGUGAAGUCUUCUCUAGGAAUUCUGGCAAUGUAGAAUCUGAUCUUUUUGAUGACGUUCUCAGCGAAAGCCAACUCGUCGCCGUGGCAUUGAGAACUCUUGGAAGUUUUGAUUUUGAAGGGUACACACUGGCACACUGCGUGAGACAUACUGCAGAAAACUUCAUCUCCAUUAGCGCUUGCGGUGUCAGAGGGAUCCGUUUGGAAGGGUCUGCGGAGCUUGUACCUGAUCCAAUGCAAAAAACACUGGAUGCUAUUUCGGACAUACUGGGGAAGUUACUUAUCGUUGGAAUUUGUGACCCAGACGCAGAAGUGAGAAAAUGCGUCUUCUCCUCGCUGGAUAGCCAGUUUGAUAAUUACUUGGCUCAGUCUCGACACUUGAGCUCCCUCUUUGUUGCUCUGAAUGAUGAAGUUUUUGCUAUUCGUGGUUUGGUCAUGCAAUGUCUUGGACGCCUUUCUGAUGUCAAUCCUGCCUGUGUGCAACCCACUCUUCGAAGCGUCUUGCUUAAAAUUAUCACAGACUUAGCGGAUAGUGGGACGACAAAGAACAGGGAGGAGUCUGCCGCAUUGGUGGCCAUUCUAGCUGCAACGGCGCCGCACUUCAUUCUCCCCUAUGGAGAGUCACUCUUGCACGUAAUCAUCCCGCAGAUACGAAAUGCGUUGCCGAUCAACCUGCCUAAGAAGCUGGGAGCUUGUACAUUCGGCUGCCAUGGUGAUGUUCAAGCCGAAACGAACGAGAUCACCUUGAAUACGGCCCUACUAGCCUCACAGUCGGCGGCGCACUCUGCCGCGCAAGCAGUGCAGGCUGUGGCAACAGCUACAGCUCGGGGCAUCGUCCAGCAGUUUGGGCGCUCCGUUCCCAGCACCAGAUGCACUUUUCCUACCGCCGGACAAACUACUGCUGUCUGCGCUCGUGCCGUUGUCGCCGCCAAUCAAGCUGCCCACUCGGCCGCCAUUGCUGCCAAAGUCAUCAGUACCGCUAUCGGACGACAGGGCAAGUGUGGAUCUACUUUGUGUGACGAGUUGCCGCCAAGCCAUUUUCUUGGCUGCUCCGAAUUGCCCUGGAGCGGGAGCUGCGAAUUGGAUUUGCUAAUUGGUGAGCCGCAUGAGACUCUUCCUGGUACGAGUCAGGAAUUUCUCGCGGCUGCGGCCAGUCUGGGUGGCUUUGAAGGCUCCGAGACGUCAAGAGGAUUUUUCGUGGGCACCUUGGAUGCCAUUCGACCUGGCGAAAUCGGAGGUUUUAUGUCGCCCAAUCAGUUGCCAAUCUCAGGGACGCUGCGCAACGGUCGAAGGAUCCUCGAGAACACAAACGCCAUUUGGCGCGAACCGAAAGGUCUGGUGGUAGCACUUUUCUCCGCUUUGGCUCAUCUAUCCUCCGUAUGUCCCCAGGCCGUGGUGACUCUAAUGGACGAUUUAAUUCCUGUACUAGUGUAUAUGCUGCAGGAUCCCACUUGUCAUGCCAAAAGAUCGGUUGCGGCGUGGGCGUUUGGUGUUCUGGUUUCGAACACCGGUUACGUCGUGCGCCCGUACAUGAAACACCCUGAUCUUAUGGAGUUGUUGUUUGCACUACUGCGAAGUGUUGAAUCGAAGAGUAUCCAAGUUGAGAUUCUACGCUUGCUGGGCCUUAUUGGUGCCGUAGAUCCGUUCAAACUAAAAGUUUCCAUGGGACAAUAUAAUUACAUACAGGAGACAGAUACUGCUGUCAGUCAAUACGAUAUCGUGGAGUCUCGAGAUGUUGACAUUACACAGUCGGAACUGUUGGUAAACCUGUGUUGGGACAAUCGAGAGGAGUUUUUCGCAGGCUAUUCCCUCUCCGCUCUGAUAAACAUACUGCGAGAGCCAGGAAUGCGAAGCAACUGGGACCACGUAGUGCAGGUGAUUGCCAGCGUUCUAGAGUCCUUCAACCAACGUGCUAUUCCUUGCCUUCACCAAGUCAUGAUGGAGCUCUUCAAAUGCCUCCAGGGCCUCCAUGAGACCAAGCUUCAAGAAGCUAUUACUUAUCAUAUGUGCAGUAUAGUCCAGAUUAUCGGGCCCUUCGCCAAGGAGUUCGCCUCCGAAAUUGUAGAUAUUAUCACAACUUAUUGGAAUUUCUCCGCAUCACAUAUUGUUCAGCGCAACUGCAUUCGUCUUGCUGGUGUGAUUGCCAAAGCCAUCAAAACCGACUUUCGUCCCUCUAUGCCACGGCUUGUGCCCUGCAUUUUACGUAGCCUGAAACAAGAGAUGGUCGACGAAAAUCUAAUUGUGCUUUGCGAGUUAAUUAGCGAUUUGGGAUCUCUACUGGACGGCCACCUGCACAUUCUACUACCGGCGUUAACUGCCUUAGUGGCAAAUUUGGAAGAUACACCGUACGAGCACCUCCUACGAACAGCUCUGGAAGCGAAAACUGCUCAGUCAACGCAGCCCAUCACCACCGUCAUGACAAUCCCAGCCAACGCUUGCUCAGUACCUGUGGGCCAAUCAACAGCGAUGCAGGCUUUGUCGUCCAGUUGCAGCCCUGAGUCUGCUGAUGUGAUGAGCGCAGCCUCACCGUCCUAUCUCGACGACAGCUUCGUUAUGGGGACUCCAGUCGAUUCCAUGCUUGUUGACUCGGCCGGAGGGGCUGGUGGAAGCGUGACCAUCCCCUCACGCAGCGCUCUGCGGGCUGCACAAAGGGCAGCCAACAGUCCUUCGGUGCCCGGCAGCCUCCAGACACGUCUGGCUGCAUUACGUUGCAUGGCUCAAAUUACAGAGGUUCUCUGUGUCGAGUCUCUGGCCACUAAUAUUGUACAACCCCUCUGUAGACUUCUCAACGCUCUUUACGAACGAUCGAUGGCAGUUGUGGAGGUGAAGAAUAAGCCAUCGGCCCCGCAAGUUGCUCUUAGGGCUCUUUAUCCAUCCUGCAUGGAUGUGAUUUCAAAUCUAGCACUUCAAAUGGGUUCGCGCUUCAAAUUUAUCAUGCCUGUGGUUCAAGUCACCCUAAACUUGGUCAGCAUACCGCACAAAAGGUUCGAAAUGGCUAUGGAAAAGGUGAAUGGGGAUGGUUAUAGGCGACCAAAUUUAUCUGCUGAUGGUCAGCUUAUAUCAAAGGACUCUCAUGCGAACUUCACCCGCAAAACUGAUCCAGAUAAACUGGUUAAAAACCACACCCUUAACAGUUUGAAUUUGCAACGUGCCUGGCAAUCUUCACGCCUCUCGAGUCCGGAGGACUGGAGUUUAUGGCUGAAGACAUUUAGUGUCUCGCUGUUGCGAGAGUCACCCAGUCCAGCCAUCCGAGCUUGUGCGCGUCUCACCACAAUUGCUCCACACAUUUCCCGUCGUCUAUUCAAUGCUGCCUUCAUGAGUUGUUGGAAGGAGUUGCGCGAUGCCGAGCAGGACGAUCUUAUCAACACCCUUGAGAAUGUCCUUAGACUUCCUUCUUCCGCCAGCCAGUCGAAGGAAAUAAGCCAGGUCAUCCUCAAUCUGGAGGAAUUCAUGGCUCACGCCGAUAAAUUUUCUGGCAAAACACCACGAGUGCACCUGCCACUCCCACUAAAUCUUCUUGCUGAUCGGGCUAUGAAGAAUCGUGCUUUUGCGAAAGCGUUGCGCUACAAGGAAUUGGAGUUUCUUGAUGAGGUUGAAAAACGCUCAAAUCCAAGUCCUGCGACGCUCGCUUCCCUUUUGGCGAUCUACGACAAGCUACAGCUUACCGAGGCCUCAAACGGUGUUCUUCUCUACGCGACGAAAAAUCCACGCAAUAACUGUAUGACCCAAGUUUACCUUUUUCUGCUGGAUUUUGAGUCAGUCUUUUCCGUUUGUUACGAUAUUACUUUGUUUUUCUCCGAGCAGACUGACGAGGAAUUGUGGUACGAGAAGCUGCACAAUUGGGACCGUGCGAUCGCCCUAUGUGACCGAAAAUUGGAAGAUGAAAGGAUCAGAGACAAGACUAAGCCAAUUCUCUGCCGCUUGAGAUGCCUGCACUCCCUUGGUCAGUGGUCGCAACUGGAGUCGAUGGCAUGGGAGCGCUGGGGCCAAUUGAGUGAUGGAGCACGAGAACAGGUGGCGACCCUAGCAACGAGCGCGGCCAUUACCAUUGGGGCGUGGGGGCGAGCAGCGCACUAUACGCAGGCUUUUGCUCCCGCUGAUCAUGAAGGUGGGUUUUACCGUGCCCUCCUCGCCCUCCAUGAGGGCAAUUACGCCGCUGCUCUCGACGAAGUGGCGAAGUCGCGCAGUAUCCUCGCCGCCAACCUUGUACCUCUUACCACCGAGGGCUAUCAGCGCACCUAUCCGGACCUAGUGGACGCGCAGCUUCUCUCGGAGGUGGAGGAAGUGAUUCAAUAUAAGUUGGUGCCGGAGCGGCGAGAGGUGCUUCACGAGGCCUGGCAUCAUCGUUUGCUAGGCUGUCAGUCAGUGGUUGAGGACUGGGGCCGCAUCAUCCAGCUGCGUCGACUUGUUCUUGAUCCACGUGAAAAUAUCAAGAGUUGUCUCCGCUAUGCUGGCCUCUGUCGGCGAUCGGGCCGUCUUAGCCUAAGUUUGCAAGUGUUGCUAAGGAUGAUGCCGAAGGACCCGUCAGAAGUGGCAUGGAACGAGGUAGUACCGACGCCGGACCCGGCGAUAGUCUUCUCUUACGCCAAACUUCUCUGGGCUUCGGGAUCCCGAGAGGAGGCGGUGACGCGGCUACAGGUCCUGCGUGAUAGCGUUAUCGAGCCCUCACUGCGCGUUCAAACGGCUAAACUGGAGGAAGUCAGCCAGGAAGUUGCUCAACAGCCCUUUCUCCCAUCCACAAGCAUUACUGACAUUACCACUCGCAUUGAUGAUCUCCGCUCCCUCAUGGCUAAUAUCACUGUUGAAUACACUAUACUCAAUUCUAGGUGUAGUCUUCGAUUGGGCAGCUGGUAUACAGAUCUCUACAUUCGUUCAUCACCUGAUAGUGGCGGGUCUAGACCGCCUGGUUCUGGCCUCUUUUCGUAUGGUUCUGGAGUCAACCAGUUAAAGCAAUUCUCAAUUUUUAGCGAAACACAGCAAAACAUUACUGCUGAUGCUGGCGUGGUGAGUCUGGGAGGGAACGUGCACUUUCUGGACGAUAAGUUGAUGAUGAUGUACAACUUCGUCAUCAAGUGUUAUCGAGCCGCCACAGAGCAUAGUCCCGGCAACCGUGCCGCAUGGCAGGCCUGGGCUAUGGCCAACUACGACCUCUCCACUCGCCUCGGUGCUGAACAGGCCCAACUCGACCAGAAGGAAAUCCAAAUUAAACAGGUCAUUGCUUCAGAUAGCUCAUUUGAUCGCACCGCCCUCAAACAGAGUUUGGCUGGUCUGAGUCAGCGUCGGAGCAUUCUUCAAAAGAGCAUUGAGCAACUGGCCGCUCCAUCAGAUAUCCUUCGUUUGAUCAACUUAUUAUUCCAAUUCGGCCAUCUUUCGGAGAUUCGUGAGAUAGCGCGGGAGGGUUUGGGUAAGAUCCGUCUACAAAACUGGCUGCCAGUACUGCAGCAGCUAUUGGCUCGAAUCGACACGCCACACGAGCACGUGGCCAAUAUCAUAGUGGAUCUAUUAAUCGCAGUGGGCAGGCAAUUCCCACAGGCCCUCAUCUACUCUCUGGUGCUCUCCUUCAAGUCGGGCGGUUCUGACCGGCGUCGAUACUACGCCACUAAGAUUCUCUACUUUAUGGAAGAGCACAGUCCGCGUUUAGUCUAUGAGGCCUUUUUGUUAAAUGAGGAGCUGAUACGCCUAUCGGUGUCAUGGAUGGAAAUGUGGUUCGAGUGCUUGGAGGACGCCAGUAGAGUAUACUUUGGGGAGAAGGACACUGGGAAGAUGUUUAAACUGCUCUAUCCCCUUCAUCAGGUUAUGGAGCGUGGUCAUGAGACAGCCAAUGAGGCUGCCUUUCUUCAGGAAUUUGGCAAGGAACUAAACAAUUCGCGUAUAUACUGUGAACGCUUCGAGAAUCAGGGCAUGCGAGCAGAUCUUCAACAGGCCUGGGAAGGUUACUACACUCUCUACCGAACGCUUUCAAAACGAGUCUCGAAUCUGUCCUCUUUGGACUUGACUUGUGCGGCGCCUCGGUUGCAUGCCUAUGGGAAGGAUUGGAUGCUGGCGGUGCCUGGCACCUACAAGCCACAUUUGCCGCUAGUGCGCCUAGUUGGGGUUAAGAACUGUCUCAUGGUAAUGACCUCCAAGCAGCAUCCACGGAAGUGCACCAUGCUUGGAUCCAAUGGCAAGACUUAUGUCUUCCUGCUGAAAGGUCACGAAGACACGCGACAAGACGAACGUGUGAUGCAAUUCUUCGGCCUUAUAAACACGUUGCUAAUGACCAAUCCCGAAACACUGCGCCGUAAUCUUACCAUUCAACGAUUUUCCAUAAUUCCGCUGUCAACCAAUACUGGUCUCAUUGGCUGGGUGCCUAACAGCGAUACGCUGCACAGUCUGAUUCGAGAGUACCGCGACAAGACAGACAUAACGUUGAAUCAGGAACAUCGAGAAAUGCUUCACCUGGCACCCGAUUUCGAUCGUCUCAACUUGAGUCAGAAGACAGAAGUCUUUGAGGCUGGUCUUCGGGUUUCCUCAGGCAGAGAUUUAGCUACUAUUCUCUGGCUGAAAAGUCACAACUCCGAGGUGUGGCUUGAGCGCCGAACAACGUUUAUCCGUUCCAUUGCAGUCAUGUCUAUGGUCGGCUACAUCCUAGGUCUAGGUGAUCGACACCCAUCGAACUUGAUGCUGUGCCGCGAGACUGGAAAGAUAGUACAUAUAGACUUUGGGGACUGCUUUGAGGUGGCUAUGAUGCGCGAGAAGUAUCCUGAGAAAGUGCCCUUCCGUUUGACGCGUAUGUUAGUCGCUGCAAUGGAAGUAACAGGUAUAGACGGCGUAUAUCGACACACCUGCGAGACGAUGAUGCAGUUGAUGCGCAGCAACCGGGACAGCUUGCUUGCCGUGCUGGAGGCCUUUAUUCACGAUCCUCUGUUGCAGUGGGUACUGUUGGAGAAUAAGCGGCUCGUUUUGGGCCCCGCUGCAGGUGCUGGUGUUGCCGCUAACAGUCAGGGUGUUCCACCGCCUGCUCCUCCGCUUUCAGCAAAUUCAACGACUCAGGCACAACAGCAGCAACAACAACAACUAAUCGACAGUGAAGGCGAGCUUCAUUCGAAGGUACCGUUGGGAGCCGGAGUCGGUGGGGGUGUUGGGUACACUCAGACACGCUUAUCGCAGCAAUCGCAAAACACUCCGGCGCAUCUGCGCAACAUUCCUUACGUUUUUACGGACCCAAACUACCCCAGCAGCCUCUCAUUACGCGAUUGCCGACACAUCAAUCCCUGGCGACAUCAUCUCUGCAAUGGGCCCUGGCUCGGUUGCUAUGAGACGGCCAAGGCAAUGCGAUGUCAGACUGAAUCGGGUGCAAUCGUUUGUGAACGUGUGGGAAUGCAGAACUUCAUCUUUUCCGCGAAGCCGCCCUCGGAAAGCGAGUAUUACGAUGAAAUGCCAACUGGCGGAAUGGGUAACACGAGGGCUCGAGACGUGCUGAGUCGAAUACGUCGAAAGUUGGAUGGUAAUGAGAACGGAGCGCAGACGAGUGUCCCACUGCAAGUUGACGAUCUCAUUCGUGAGGCAACGUCUGUCAGAAAUAUAAGCCAAAUGUAUAUCGGCUGGUCGGUGUUAGAGUCAUUGACUAUUCAGGCAAACUUUGAUAGGAAAAGAAAGUUUAACUCGGUCAUCCUUGAGGCUGCAAAGGUGUCCACAUGA